AUGGUCACCGGGAUCGUGCAGCACGAGGUGGAAGGCCUCGAGGUGCAGGCCGGGGACGGGCGCUGGCACGCCGUCCCUCCCGAGCCGAACACCGUCACCUUCGUCGCCGGCGGGCUGGCGUCACUCGUCACGAACGGGCGGGUGCCGGCGUGCCUCCACCGCGUCAGGACGCCGAGCCACAGCGAGCGCUUCUCGGUGCUGUUCGGCUGCCGGUCCAGGCACAACGCCACGGUGAAGGCGAUGGACGAGAUCGUCGGCGGCGACCAACCGCUGCUGUACAAGCCCGUGAGGUACGAGGAGUACCUCCAGCACGCAAAUCCGGAGGUCCACUGAUGAAACUGGAGAAAGAUGGACCCGUCGCGGCAUGAUUUCUGUUCAAAGAUAAUGAUGUACAGUACACCUGCAAGAAGCAAAUAAAACGGCAGGAAAGC